CAAAGUGACGUCGUGUGUCGGUCGAAGCGUCCUCGGUGCAGUAAACCAGGCAGCAAGUUACUUAAACCAUUGAAGAAAAUCACUGGAAAAAAAAGGAUCGGCGAGCCAGCUAGUGAACCAAGCUACAUUAAGUUAUUCAAGGAAAAAACUGGAAUUUGGCUAAGGUGUUGACAAGUUAGCAACCGAGCUGGUAAUAUAUUUUGAUCUAACCGUUGCGAGUCCGCACAAAUCUUUUGAUUUGAAAACAUUUACAUAAAGCUACAACAACAACACUUGGUCAUUAGCGUAUACAACCAGACAUGCUUCUGCGCAAAGUGAGUCAGACUUCGGCUCUAUGUGGCACUGCUCUGCGUAUUGCACCCGCACUGUCCGGCAGUCAGCGCCAAGUUGGAGCCAUUGUUGCCGCUCAGAAUGGUCGUUUCUACGCCAGUCAGGCCGCAGAGGCAGUGCUGGAGAAGCCAGCAGUUGGCAGCGGCACUGCCACCAAGGCCGCGGCCGAGAAGAAGCCACUGAAGCUGGAAUCCCAGUCCUUUGCUGUGAACAUGUUCAAGGGGCAGAUCAGCACAGCACAGGUGUUCCCCUUUCCCUCAGUGCUGAAUGAGGAGCAGGCGGAGUUCAUCAGGGAGCUGGUUGGGCCCGUCUCCAAGUUCUUCGAGGAGGUGAACGACCCCAUGAAGAACGACGCCCUGGAGAAGGUGGAGGACAGCACCAUGGAGGGGCUGAAGGAGAUGGGGGCCUUCGGCCUGCAGGUGCCCGCCGACCUGGGCGGCCUGGGCCUCACCAACAGUCAGUACGCCAGGCUGGUGGAGAUCGUGGGCAUGCAUGACCUGGGCGUGGGCAUCACCCUCGGUGCCCACCAGUCUAUCGGCUUCAAGGGCAUCCUGCUCUUUGGCAACAAGGCCCAGAAAGAGAAGUACCUUCCCAAGCUUGCCACAGGAGAGACGAUUGCAGCGUUCUGCCUGACGGAGCCUGCCAGCGGCUCUGACGCUGCCUCUAUCAAGACCACGGCCGUGCGCUCUCCCUGCGGGCAGUACUUCACCCUCAACGGGGGCAAGAUCUGGAUCAGUAACGGAGGCCUGGCAGAGAUCUUCACCGUGUUCGCCAAGACGCCAGUGAAGGAUGAGAAGACUGGAGAGAUGAAGGACAAGAUCACUGCCUUCAUUGUAGAGAGAAGCUUCGGCGGAGUGACACAUGGCCCCCCAGAAAAGAAGAUGGGCAUCAAGGCGUCCAACACAGCGGAGGUGUACUUCGAUAACGUGCGUGUGCCAGCUGACUGCGUUCUGGGGGAGGUGGGCGGCGGCUUCAAGGUGGCCAUGAACAUCCUCAACAAUGGCCGCUUCGGCAUGGCCGCUGCGCUGGCUGGCACCAUGAAGGGAGUCAUCGCCAAGGCUGUGGACCACGCCGCCAACAGGACUCAGUUCGGGAGCAAGAUCCACAACUAUGGGGCCAUCCAGGAGAAGGUGGCCCGAAUGGCCAUGAUGCAUUACGUGACCGAGUCUAUGGCCUACAUGGUCAGUGGCAACAUGGACAGCGGGGCCUCUGAGUUCCAGAUUGAGGCGGCCAUCAGCAAGAUUUUUGCCUCUGAAGCCGCUUGGGCAGUGACUGACGAGUGCAUUCAGAUCAUGGGAGGAAUGGGCUUCAUGAAGGAUGCAGGAGUCGAGAGGGUGAUGAGGGACCUGCGAAUCUUCCGGAUCUUCGAGGGAACCAAUGACAUCCUGCGACUGUUCGUGGCCCUCAAUGGCUUCCAGAACGCUGGAAACCAGCUGAAGAGUCUCCAGAAAGCACUGAAGAACCCACUGGGCAAUGCUGGCCUGCUGGCCGGAGAGAUCACCAAGAGGGCUAAGAGGAAGGCCGGUUUGGGGACAGGGCUGUCAUUGCAGGGAACUGUUCACCCAGAGCUGGCUCAGUCGGGGGAGCUGACAGUAAAAGCCAUCGAGCAGUUUGGAGCCGUAAUCGAGGAGCUGCUGCUCAAACACGGCAAGAAAAUCAUUGAUGAGCAGUUUGUGCUGAAGAGAGUGGCUGACAGUGCCAUCGACCUGUAUGCCAUGGUGGUCGUGCUCUCCAGAGCGUCAUGCUCUCUGAGUCAGGGGCUCCCCUCUGCACAACAUGAGAAGAUGCUGUGUGAGACCUGGUGCACUGAGGCUUACGACAGGAUCACGCACGAUGUCAAGGCUCUGAGGUCCAGCAGCUCCAAGCAGAUCUUCAAGAACCUGAGGGCCAUUUCCACGGCGGUGGUGGAGAACGGGGGUGUGGUGUCUCCGCACCCUCUGGGAUUCUAAACCCACUCCACUCAAACCCCACUGCCUAACCCCCCCACCCCCCACCCCUGGCCAGGACGCUGUGUGUUCCCACCAAUAUCAGAGGGUACAGUGCUCAGUGUCCAGUCAAAGGGAUAAAUUAAUCUUGGAACACCAGUGCUUUAAUAUCCACGAAUAAAGAUCUUUCUGUCCUGAUAAUACAUAAAGAUCUGAAACUAUUAAUAGCACCACAGUAACUGAAGCUGUAACUUCAGGAAACCGGAUUCAAUUUUGCCUCUUUUGUUAUUUUACCUCCUGCUUUUACAAGAAGUGAAAUGGCACUGUGUCUGCACUGCACUGCAGCUUUCACCUUUGCUGCUCCACAACAGUGUCAAAGUGAAAAUUCCCCCUGAACUGGACAUGAGCCACAGCCCUGUGACUAAAUGAUCAGGGGAAUAAGAAAAAACUAGGUAGCCAAGGCACACACAUUAGAUGCUGAUUGGCUCAUGUGUGUCACAUGGAGCGUCCAGGCCAACGAGAUAACAGUUUGUUUAAUGUAGUAUUUUCUGCUGCAACAGGGAGAAUGAGUACUCAGACUCGGCAGAUUUCACUCAUAUCAAUGACAUCACUGACUCGUUUUCGAAUAUUUAUUACUGACCUGGCAUGAAGUUGCGGUAGUAUGUUUCCUUUAUCCUCGGUUCACCUAGCUUUUGAAUUUGUGGUGACGUGUCCUUACUUUUGUGUGUAUGGUUGGUCUAUCCUGUGUAGCGUUCAGUUUAACAUGCACACAUGCAUAUACAUAUACAUAUUCAAACUAUUGUUGAGGAGUACAGCUUUGCCUUGGAAAAAAAUCCACGUAAUGACCUCUAAUGAUUUUAUUUUGACGGAGGCUGCUGCAUGUAGAUGAAAGAUAUCGCACUCCUGAUUCAGUAGAAAUAACCCACUUUCGUGAAUGAAUCACAUGGUACUCAUUUUGUUAUAAGCUAAUAUAAAACAGAACAUUCGAUGGAUAAGUGAUUUUUUUGCUGUGAGCAUAAAAAUGUACAUGCAGUAAAACACAUUAUUCACUACCAGUUGCCAUAAUUAUCGUUUGAGGAUAGCAGGAACAGUUGUCUUAAAAUGGUGUGUAGAGUUUUAAUUGCCUUAAAGUAUAUCCUAUAAAGCAUAAGCACUCUCACACACACAGAAAUGGAUAAAUGUGAUGGCAAAACAGUUUCUUCCAGUGGCUACAGAAGGCAAGAAUGCUCCAGCAUGAUGUUGAUGUAGAAUGUAAUCUGGUGUUUUUUUUUUUUUUUUUUAAUAUAGCUGUAAUCCAUCUCUCUCCGUCCUCAGUUACUUAGUGAGGUGCGCCUACUGCACAAGACCUGGAAGUUACCCCCUCUUGUCUCCAUGGUUCAGUCAUUGUGGAAGUGAUAUGCUGAUGCUUCACUUCUGCGCUUUAGAGCUGUACUAAUGUAUCAUUUGUAAUCAUCUAGGGCAAAAUGCAGCAGGUGUGCCCACACACACUCUCACACCUGGACCCAUAACUGAUUCAAAUGCACUCACACUCCACGACAUGCACCUGCAUUCGUACACACACACACACACACCCCACCUUUGGCCAGUGCCUGGAAUUCAAAUUGCAGUCAUAGGACUUGCCGCUGUAAUGUAUAAGGGCUUUUUAAAACGCAAGUGACAGACUGUUGAAUAGAAUGUCAAAGCUACAGAUAAGACACACACUCUGCCUCUGGUAGAACAGUGUACAAUGAGACUAUGUUGAACGGUGUAGUGUGAGCAAAAUAAAGCUGCAACU